AUGACGGCAAAUUUGCUCAAGGACGUCAUGACCGCUUCCAACGCGGUCACUAUCAAACCGGUCCUCGAAGACGGCCGGCCUAUCGCUGGCGGACCGAUGACCAUUGAAGCGACGUAUUGCGAUUUCGUGCCACAGCACCCGAUCGACGAAGCGCCGCCCGCGCGUCGGGUGAGCGAGGAGCGACGCGAUGCGCGAGACGCGGCAUAUGUCGGUGCCGACGUGGAUGGGUAG